AUGCCAGGGAAAGCUAUCUUUUAUGCAGCACAGAUGAAAUUAAGAAAAUCAGGUAAUAUUCAAGCUUCCAAAUUAGUACAUGAGAUAACCACAUCUAGUCCUAACAGAGCAUCAAAGUACAUAAGCGCUUUGGAAAAUACCAAUAAAUUUAAAAAAAUAAUGUUAACUCCAGAAAAAGCACUCUCAGUGAUAGUUGAAGGAGGCUUUACAAGACACCAAUAUGAUAUAAUUAUAGAAAAUGAUAGAGACCGAUUUCCAUCAUACAAAAUUGUACAAGAAGCGAAGAAAGGGUUUUAUCCAGCAAAAAUAGAAAUUUCAUCUAUACGGGCGGAAGUAUGCUUACAGGAUUUAUUAAACCAUACCUCGGAAAGAAUAUUAAUUUUGAAAAAGGAUAUUUUAUUUAAAUUUGAUGACUAUGAGCUAAGUAAUUUAUUUUUAAUUUGUAAAUAUGGCUUCGAUGGAAGUUCGGGGCAUAGAGAAUAUAAGCAGAAAUUCGAAAAUCCGGGGGAAUCAGACGCAAGUGCAUUUGUUACAUGGUUAGUACCUCUUAAACUAGUUAAUAAAGAUCCAUCGAGCAGUGACCCAAAACAAAUUAUAUGGCACAAUCCCUCCUCCUCGCGUUACUGUAGGCCAAUAAAACUUCAAUUUAUUCGAGAAACCACCGAAGUUUCGUUACAAGAAAAAUUGCAUAUAGAAAGUCAAAUUGACAAUUUACAAAAAAACAAGUUUUCAAAUUGA